AUGGUCGUUAUAGUAGCGUCUUUAUUUCUGCCCUUUCAACCUCAAUUCGAAAUCAAUGCGACAGAAACCGAAGCAGCUGCGUUGGUAGAAUCGCAACCCAUAAAGAUCCCUGGUUCUUCGGGGAUCAAUGCAGAGACAGGUGCCGGAGUUAGCCGGCAAAGGACCAGUUCAGUUCAUUCGGGGUCUCCGUUUUUGAACCUUGAUCAGGGCAACUCGGUGGACCAUCUAGACGGCUCAGAAGUGCGGCGCGGAUCUGAGGUCCCGCAGGCACACUCGAAAGGCAAUGGUGAAGAACGAAUUUCGUCCGAGACCUUUAUGGAAAACCUUACUGCAAAUGCAUCGAGCACCAACGUCAUCAACUCGCCUGCCAAUCCGGUGCAUACGCACUCGAACCGAUCCGUCGAGGAGUUUUUCUUAGGCGGACACGGUGGUCCGGGUCCAAGUGGACACGAUCUGUUGAGCGGGCUUUCGAGCCGUAAUCUCUCGAUAACGUCUACUCCGGGUGGUGAAAGGCCCCCCGCACACGCCCACGUGCACGACUCGACCGCCAAUUUACUCAAAAAUGUGAAUAGGUCCCUGUACCAAAGCGUUCUCAACGGCAGUAACUCGAGCGUUGCAUCUGAGGGCAAAAGCGUCCCUCAGUUUGCUGCACCCAGUAGCGGAACCGUAAUAACGCCCAAAUCGCGGGAUUUACCCCACGUGAGCGCGAGUGUGGUCGAUUUGCCUAAAAAACAGCAACAGCAACAAAUGUCGCUUCCCUCGAUGAGGCGCAUCAGAAGAGCCUCAUCGAAUGCAAUCCCCGCCGUGCUGGAAGCCUCUGGCACUGGGACCUCGUCCAAACUGAAACAUGCUGUCACAGCAGAUGAUUUUGCGCAAUCGGAAGUGUCCUCGCGUGAGGACAACGAAGUCAUUGAAAGCGACAACUCGAUGUCGGACAUCGAGGAAUUCCAUCCUGGAAAUGUUCCACAAUUUGGUGGGUUUUCAAACAACGCUAAAAUCAGAGCUUCGUUACUGCAGGGAUCCAAAAACAUCUUUGCCUCUGUUCCGUGGAAAGUUGUGGCUAGUGGCAAGGGCAAUGGAGGAUUGAAAAAUGCAGUGAGUACCUGUGUUUUGGAAAAGACCAUUGAAGAACCUGUCACUUGGGUGGGGAGUUUAGGUAUUCCGACUGACAGCAUUCCAAAAGACGUUUUAAAGAGUAUAGUGACCGAAAUGGAAACCAACUAUCAUUCAGCCGCUGUUAUAUCGGAUGAUGUUACUUUUAAGGGAGCCUACAAGAAUUUUUGCAAACAGAUUCUGUGGCCCACGUUACACUAUCAAAUUCCAGACAACCCUAAAUCUAAAGCAUUUGAAGAUCAUUCCUGGAAUUAUUAUCAGCACUUGAACCAGCAAUUUGCAGAUAAGAUCGUGGACACUUACAAAGACGGUGACAUUGUUUGGGUUCAUGAUUACCAUUUAAUGCUUGUCCCCGCUAUGGUACGUUCCAAAAUUCCUGAUGCAAAGAUUGGGUUUUUCCUGCAUGUAUCUUUCCCCAGUAGUGAAGUUUUCAGGUGCUUCGCUCAACGAGAAAGCAUCCUGCAAGGUAUUUUGGGAGCCAAUUCGGUCGGAUUUCAAACCCAAGAAUAUGCUAGACAUUUUCUGCAGACCACGAAUAGGUUGCUCAUGACGGAUGUGGAUUCGAAGACGCUUAAAUACAAGGGGCAUGUCAUUAAUGUAUCCAGCACUGCAAUUGGAAUAGACGCCUUUAACUUAGAGGCUCACAUGGCGUCUGACCAAGUUCAAACAUGGCGAACUCUCAUUCGUGAAAGAUGGGCGGGCAAGCGACUCAUUGUUGCUCGAGACCAGUUCGAUAGAAUCCGUGGUCUAACGAAGAAGCUUCUUGCAUAUGAACUUUUCCUGAGAGCUAAUCCCGAGUAUAUCGGCAACACCGUAUUGAUUCAAAUCUGUUUGGGAUCUGAUGCGGAUCCGGACUUGGAACGUGAGAUUCUUGUUGUUGUUGAUCGAAUCAACUCCUUGUCGUCCGAUAUUAGUGUUUCGCAACCAGUCGUGUUCUUGCAUCAAGACCUUGAUUUUGCCCAAUAUCUUGCCUUGAACUGUGAAGCCGACCUGUUUUUGGUUACCACAAUGAGAGAAGGUAUGAAUUUAACCUGUCACGAAUUUGUUGUGUGUUCUAGAGAGCGAAAUGCACCGCUACUUUUGUCAGAAUUUACAGGAAGCGCUUAUGUUUUAGAUGACGGGGCAUUCUUGAUAAAUCCUUGGGAUAAGCGCAAGGUAGCACAAACGAUAAAGUACGCCCUUGAUAUGUCACCGGAAGAGAAACUUCGUAGGUGGAAGGCAAUGUUUAAAAGCAUUAUUAACAAUGACUCCGACAACUGGGUGACGUCUAGAUUGUCAGAAAUUCAGACUUCCUGGGAAUUCAAUAAGGAACGCUUUACGGUGUUUAACUUGUCGGUUAAAAGUGUCGCGUCGAGCUUCAGAUCUUCCAAAAAGCGGAUUUUUAUCCUCAAGAUCUCCGAACCACCCUCGGCAAGAGUCUUAGCUGUUCUAACCGAAUUGAGUGUGCACAAUAUCGUGUUUGUUUUCAAUUCGUUCUCGAGAAAUAUGCUUGAACGGCUCUACACUCGGUGCCCUCACGUAGGUUUAAUUGCCGAGAACGGUGCUUACGUUAGGCUGAACGGCCAUUGGUUCAAUAUUGUGGAAGAUGUUUCUUGGAAAUCGGAUAUCAUCAGAGUCAUCGAAGAUAAAGUCGAGCGUCUUCCUGGGUCAUACUACAAGACCGGUGAAUCGAUGAUCAGAUUCCACACGGAGAAUGCCGAGGAUCAAGAUCGUGUAUCAUCUGUCGUUGGUGAGGCAAUAACACACGUCAACACGUUGUUUGGCGAAAGAGGUAUCCAUGCAUAUUUGCAUAAAAACAUCGUUUUCGUACAGCAGGUCGGAUUGGCGUUGAAAUCGCUGCAGUUUGUGAUUUCUUAUUUCAAUUCUGUGCGCUCGACGACAAAUUCGACCCCACAGCAAUCGUCGGAAAACUCUCCUAUGCUGAGCUCCAUUGUUACUCCAGGAGUAAUCAGCAACAUCAAUACGCCGGUGUCUACGGGAGGCAAUUCGUAUUUCAGUCUCGGCAGAAGCAUUUCGCAUAUCGACUUUUUAGCGAUCACGGGAUCCUCGUCGCCUGUCAUUGAACCGUUAUUUGAACAUGUUAACGAGUUGGCUCAAAACGGCUCCGUGCGCCAUUGUUACAGUGUCGUUUACGGCGUUUCAGGUUCGACGUACGCCAAAGAACAUAUCGAUGGUCUUAACGAUUUGCUGACAAUUCUCAACGGUUUGAAUCAAAUAACAGCCGAAGAAUCGCAGUAA